CCGCGGUCGGGGGCGUUGUGGCGGCCGUCGGGUCUGCUGGAAAGGCGCCCGCGGGACGGGACGGCGAUGGGGAUGGCCAAGCUGCGAGUGCUGUGCGCCGCCGUGGCUCUGCUGUGCGCGGCCCCGCCGGGGCAGCCCGGCGCCGUGCUGCCCGCGGGCGAGGGCGACGCGUACGGGGUGAAGCUGUGCGGCCGCGAGUUCAUCCGCGCCGUCAUCUUCACCUGCGGCGGGUCCCGCUGGAAGCGGCUCUCCCUGCUGGCCGUGGAGCCGGCGCCCGCGGCCGAUUCUGCACAAACAGCAAGUAACAAACUACUGGGAAGCUUCAACCUGCAAUCAGUUUUGGAUCCUGAAGUGGAGCAGCUGCAGAGAAACAGCCCAUUUCUUGGGUGGGAGGCGUUUAAGGACUUGUAUAGUUUAAAUUACUAUAAUGAAUAUGUACCCGUGGCAGGCGACUUAAAAAAAGUUGUUCACCAAGUAGAGGAAGCUACUCAGAAGGACAGUGGGGGAACGGGAAAUGCAAAUCCCAUGGAAUCAAGCAGUUACCUUUGGACCAAGUAUCCCAGAAGAAAACGGGAGUCUCUGGGUUUGGCAGGAAUGUGUUGCAAAUGGGGCUGUACAAAAGCUGAAAUUAGUACUAUAUGCAGAGUUUAAAAUCCCCUCUACACUUAUGCAUGAAACCAGUUUUUGUUGCAGUACUAUUUGAUUAAUUAGUUCAUGGAAGAAAACUCUUGCUGUAUUUUAUCUUGUCUAUAUGUGCCAGACAAUAAAGCUAGUUUUCUUUAAAAAAAACCAAAAACAACAAAACAAACAAAACAUAAAUGUAAUUGCAAUGAGCUUGUUUCGCUGCAGUAACUUCUAAUCUAUAUUUUUUACUAUGUCUUUUCAUUUUAAUGUUGAGCCUUUACACUUAUAUUACAAAUGUAUUAUAUCUUUGUAACACUUCAAGAACUUCAAUAUUUCAUUAAAAUGUAAUUAUACUAAGUGUUGCCGAAUUAUUCUUCCUCUGUCAAAAGACUGAGUAUAGAAUCAUAGAAUGGCUUGUGUUGGAAGGGACCUUAAAGAUCACCUAGUUCCAUCCCCCCUGACAUAAGCAGGGAUGGGACACCUUCCCUGUUCAGAGUUAGUCAGCCUUGGCCUUUAACACUUCCAGGGACGGGGCACCCACAGCUUCUCUGGGCAAUCCAUUCCAGUGUCUCACCAACCUCACAAGGAACAAUUUCUUCCACAGUAUCUAUCUUAAUUCUCCUUUCUUCAGUUUGAACCCCUUACUUCUACUGCUACUAAGUUUCUAAUGAGGAGUCCCUUCCAGCUUCCUUUUAGCAUCCAACAAUAUUAAAAAGGGAUUCAUGGUUCAAAACUGUACAGAAAGAAUAUCUUGCCAAUUGAAACCCCACUUGACACUGACUCAGCUCACUGAUUAUUUUGACCGCAUGUUUUCCAUUUCCUUGUAUUUGCAGAAUUGUUUUUAUGCAGUGUUAUCUUUGUAUAAAAUUUACUGCAACACAA